AGUUAAAUUAGUUUAAUGAGAAUGCUUAGAUACAUCCUUCCUCUCCUUCUUCUCUCCGCGUCCUACGGCUCGUCUCUCCGGAGUAAUGUAGACCUGUUUCUCAAGGAUUCUAAACCAAGUUUAUCCCAGCUCAAGGAGAAGCUCUCCGAAUCUGUCCCUAUCCUGGGAAGAUUUAAUGAUACCCGAGUUUCGUGUGACGCUUGUUUAAUAAUAAAGUCGUCUUCCUCCUCAGUUUCAGGGAUUUUCCCCUGGCUCUUCAAUAAUGCAAAGUUUUACUUCUCCAACUUUGAUGGAUAUGGGUAUCCUGUGUACCAGACAAAUGUUGGAUCUAACAAUUAUUAUCUUCAUUUUUAUGACGAAGGCAUUUUCUACGACGGAUUUUGGGUUGUCAAUGAUUCUGCUGGUAACUAUAUAGAAGAGACAGGGAAAGUAUUUAUCUAUAACACGCAUUCAUACACAUGCCCUAAGGAUACUGGUAGCGGUUGGUAUUACUUCCAAAAUGGAGAAUGGAUCUAUCAUGAAUCUAUCACACCUGCAAUCUGCUAGAUUUUGAACACUGCUCAACAUUACACUCUUAAAUGCAGAUUCAUAUAGUGCAAGUAAAAUUAUCAUUGGAAAAAUAAAUCUGACCUAAAAAUGGUGUUUUAUGCCAAAGUUUUGUAAUUUAGCUACAUAAAAAAUAUAAUCAUAUAUACGCAU